AUGGAUUUCUAUGAACAAGCAGCCGAAUGUUUAAAAAAAUGGUUUCGUUAUCAUAGUCGUGCAAAAGUACAUGAUAUUCUUACGGCUCUAUCCAAAAUUCGUAGAUAUGAUUUAGUUCAGUUGGUUGAGAAAACUAUUUCAAAAUCAAAACAUGAAAUAAAUGAUGACAUUGAGGAAGUAGACUCUCGUAAAAAAGAAGUUGAUGAUCUGAAUAAUAAAAUAAAUAAACUCUUCGAAAAAAUAAAAAAUGGUCAAUUUUCAACACACCAAAUUUUUGUGAUUCAAUUUCCGUUCAAUAGUUCAUGGCCACAAGUGCGUCUUGUAUCUCCUCAAUCAACAAAAUCUACUCAACCUCGCCAAGGUUCUAUAUCACAUCAGACACCAACAGGAGCAGGCGGAGCUAGUCAAUACGUAAUAGCAACUUCAACAUCAGGUGGAACAAGUGGAGAUCAAUCUCAAUCAUCGGGUCAAACCGGACGAGUCAUCAUUGCUACUGCACAAGCAACUAACUCAAAUUCUGCACAAGCAUCAACAUCGAAUACGUAUACAAAUGGAAGUGGAUUUCAAAACGGAGCACCCGUUCAAUUUCAGUUUAAUACAAGUGAUGGAACAUUAUAUACUGGAACAAAUUCGUUUUUUCAUCCACAACAAAAUCAAUUAGUAAAUGAUUCUACUCCCUUGAUUAAACAGCAAUGUUUUGUUUACCAUGAUCUUCCUGCAGAUGAGUUAGACUCAGAUAAUUAUGAAAAUCUUGAUUUAAACUUACCUCAGCAACAGUUACCUAUUGGACCGCAAAUAUUUAGAUUACAAUCCCGAAGUUCCGGUGAUGGAUAUAGUCAUCAUAUUUUAUCAUGUGAAAAUGGAACUGGUACAUUUACUUUUUUACAAGAUGAAAACUCCGCCCAAACAUUAGCUCAUACAACAAGGGCAUCACCGGCUACGGUUCAAUGGUUAGUGGAUAAUUUUGAACCGGCUGAAGGAUGUUCAUUGAGAAGAUCAAUAUUGUACUCAUUUUAUUUACAACAUUGUCAGGAACAAAAAUUGGAACAAGUGAAUCCAGCAUCAUUUGGAAAAUUAAUUCGAUCCGUCUUUUUAGGCCUAAGAACAAGAAGAUUAGGAACCAGAGGUAAUUCAAAAUAUCAUUAUUAUGGUAUUCGUUUAAAAGGCUCAUCUACUCUUAAUCAAUAUACGGACAAAAAUGGUGAACUAAUGUUCAAAGAACAACAUCAUUUUGGAGCAACAAAUACAAAAAAACGUGGUGUAUUCUCUCAAUCAACUGCUAAUGCUAAUAGUUCUGCAUCAUCAUCACCUACUCAUUGCACGGAAUUACAAGAUCAGUCAUAUUCAUCUGAAUCUGAUAUAAAAUUAAAUUUGCAACAAUCACAUUUUGCUCAAGACACAAACUCUCUUGUCUUAUAUGAAAGUAUCCAUAUUGAUUCAUCAUUGGUGUUGCCGGAAUGUUUAAAAUUUUCCGAUUUACGACGAUUUGAAGAUUCGUAUAAAGAACAUUGUGCUAAAUUAUUUGAUGUCAUUACAAAUUUACAGUUUACAUCAGUUGAACAAAUAUGGACAAGUUUUUGGAAAUCAACACAAAGUGAUCAUAGUGAUCAAUUAUUAACAGCAUAUCAACUUUUGAAUAUAUGUUCAUUAUCACAAGUUCAAGAUUUUAUUCGUCAAUGUGAUUACACAUUAUAUCAACAAUUAAUUGAGCGCCUUAUACCUGAUAUACUUAAUCCAAUGCCUGGUCAAAUAACACAGUCGAUUCGUACAUUCGGAAAAUCAUUAGAUUCAACAUUGAAAUCAAUUAUAUCUCAUAUGCCUGAAAGAUUAAAAACUAUCAAAUUGUCAAUCGUCAAUUCAUUUUCGAUGACCAUCCGUCGAUAUACAUCACUAAAUCAUUUGGCUCAAGCGGCCAAAGCCGUCUUACGAAACUCACAACAAGUUCAACAAAUGUUACAAGAUUUGAAUAAAGUUGAUUUUAAACAUAUACAAGAACAAGCAUCAUGGAUUUGUGAAUGUGAUGAUUUGGUUGUAUCACGUAUCGAAAAUGAUCUUAAACAACAUUUACAAUCUCAGUCAACUUUAGAACAAUGGGCACAAUGGUUAGAUGGAGUCGUUGUCGAUGUUCUUAAACCUUAUCAAACACAAUCACAUUUAUUAUAUGCUAAAAUGGCUAAACAAUUCUUACUUAGUUGGUCGUUCUAUUGUUCAAUGGUUAUUCGAGAUUUGACAUUACGUAGUGCAGCUUCAUUUGGAUCAUUUCAUUUAAUUCGGUUAUUGUAUGAUGAAUAUAUGUUUUAUUUGAUUGAACAUAAAAUUGCUGCCUAUUCACAAAAAACUCCUAUUGCCAUUAUGGCUGAAACAAAUUUGGCUUCAAAAUUAAAUAUAUACGAUGGCAUUGUUCAACCAUCAUCAUCAUCUCAAACAAUAUCGAAUGGUGGAAAUGCAUUGACAAAUGGAACAGGAGUAGUGGUUCCUGAACGACGAAAUUUUAUUUCUAAAGUAGCUUUAGUCAUUAAAAAGUCAUCAACAACGCUCGAUGGACAACAAAACGGAAAUAAUGAUCAAAAUCAGUCCAAAAUCGUUCAAAUAUCCACUGAAAGUUUGCAAUUACCCGUAUUCAAUAGAGUAUUUACAGCACCGUCAUUAACUACUGCAGUCACUUCUACCUUAAUGUCUAAAUCGGUCGAUGAGCAAUCUUCCUCCACGUUAUCCUUGUCUCAUCCAACGCACUAUGAAAAUGAUAAUAAAUCGUCCCUCAAUGAUUCUGAAGAACAUUCAACAAUCAAAAAACUAAAAACGUAG